AUGGCUCACGAAAACGUUUGGUUCUCCCACCCAAGAAGAUUCGGUAAAGGUUCUCGUCAAUGUCGUGUCUGCUCCUCCCACACCGGUUUGGUCAGAAAGUACGACUUAAACAUCUGUCGUCAAUGUUUCAGAGAAAAGGCCAACGACAUUGGUUUCCACAAGUACAGAUAA